CUUUUUCCUUUGCACAAGGAGCCAAAAUUCCACUUCUUCUCACUGCGAAAUUUCUCAUGUCAGUAUAGACAGAUCAGCGCAACCUAUGAAUUCAGACCAUUACUGCUUCUUCUGCAUCAAUUCAAAAUCAAAUUAGGGUUUUCUUCCAGCGUCACGAAGAACCCUAAUUCCCAAAUUUCACGUGCUGGACAUGCACAUUCUUCUCCAUUUCCUGGGCGUUUUCAAUCAAUGGGUGUCAUGACUAGCCACCGCAAACGCCCCGAAGAGUGCAUGAACGUCAACCACUCCACCACCACCACCACCACUCCACCUCCAGAUUCCCAGAGAAAGCGACCCAGAUUGUUGAACUCGAUGUCCCGACCCGCACCGACACCGAACGGCAUCGUUUCGAGGAUUUCCCGGUACCCGGAUGCUAAGCCGCCGUUGAUUCGGGAGGUUCAUGCGCCGUGCAGGAACCGGAAAUUCGACCUAGUGCGGCGAGAUUUGGCAGAACCGAGGACCCCGGCUAGGGCUAGGGCUACUGUCGACGUUAAGGGGAGCGUUCUGUUCGCAGCUUACGAAGAGGCGAGGCGUUCAGCAUUGGCGGAGGUUCGGUACUUGCCUUCGAAGGGGAAGGAGGUGAUUGAUGUGGACGCUGAGAGUAGCGGGCGUGGGGUUUCAGAUGAUUCGGGUGUGGGAGAGGUGGUUGAGGUUCAUGAUUUGGAGGCUAAGGUUGUUGUGGAUGGUGGGGUUGUUCGGCGGCGGCAGUCAACGUCGUCGCCGGAUUCUGCGUUGACUAAUAAAGGUGACAACAGCUUGAAGGUGGUGGUGAGUGGUGGGAAGGUGUGGGGUUCUGAGAUUGAUUUUUCGAGUGUUCAGGCGUAUAAGAAGUUGAUUGAGUCUGCUGAUAGGCGAGAUGAUAGGCUUAAGAGGCUGGAGUUUGAGAUUACUCUGAAUGAGAAGCGCAGGGAGACGUUUAAUUUGUUGCGUCCGAAGAAGGAAUUAGUGGAGGUAGUGCCGAAAGAGCCUUUCGUCCCUCUUACAAAGGAGGAAGAAAAUGAGGUUGCACGUGCCUUUUAUACUAACAGGAAGAAGAUAUUGAUUAGCCAUGAGAAUUCGAACAUUGAGAUCUCAGGAGAGAAGUUUCAGUGCCUUGGCCCGGCUGCAUGGUUAAAUGAUGAGGUGAUAAAUUUGUACCUUGAGUUGCUGAAAGAGAGGGAGCAAAGAGAACCACAGAAGUAUCUGAAAUGCCAUUUUUUCAAUACCUUUUUCUACAAAAAGUUAAUAGGUGGCAGGAACGGUUAUGAUUUCAAAUCUGUCCGUAGAUGGACCACCCAAAGGAAAUUGGGAUAUGGCCUACUUGAAUGUGAUAAAAUAUUCGUACCUAUCCAUAGAGAGAUCCAUUGGUGCUUGGCUGUUAUCAAUAAAAAAGAUAAGAAAUUCCAGUAUCUUGACUCAUUGAAGGGAAGAGAUAGCCAUGUCCUAAAUGUGCUGGCUAAAUAUUUUGUAGAUGAAGUAAAGGACAAGACUGGAAAAGAUAUUGAUAUAAGUGAUUGGGAGAAGGAAUUUGUUGAAGACCUUCCUGAGCAGAAAAAUGGAUAUGAUUGUGGGGUGUUUAUGAUUAAAUAUGCUGACUUUUAUAGCAGAGGCUUGGGGCUUUGUUUCAAACAGGAACACAUGCCUUACUUCCGGGUUAGGACAGCUAAGGAAUUAUUGAGACUGAGAGCUGACUAAGCAAAGGAGUCUCCAUUCAUCAGUAUUCCAAUACUUCGUGGUUGGUCUAGGAUUUUUGGCAGCACAUGUUGAUGAAGGAUCAUUCACCUUUGGCGAUGUCUUAACAGUAGCCAUUCUAGAGUUGGAGCAUGUGUUAUCUUGGUUGCUGAACUGACUAUAUAUAUAGUCCAGGCGUCUGGUUAUAGCAUGUCUAUGUAGAAUUGAGUAGGUUGUAUAUACUAUACAAAAGUGAAUUAUUAGAUGAGGCGUUUUAAGGUUGAGGUUCAUUAUGUGAUGAUAAUAAUGAUUCCUCACCGUUCUCUUUCUAUUCAAUUUUUUAUUAGGGUUUGAUCAAAGAUAUUGUUUGUUAUUGAUGUCAAGCGAAUUUAGAGGAAUUAAAAUAACGACAAUUUCAUUGAGGAAUUAUUAUGGCAGGCUCUGCAUUUUUAUGAUAUACAA